GUGAUAAAAUAUACCCUUUAGUAUUAGAAACGAAUGUGUUUUCAACAAUUAUUAAUAAGACGAUUUAUAAACAACUGAAUGAUAAUAAUAUAGUAGGUUUUACGGUGUGUCCUGGUCAUUAUAACCUAAUUGAUCUUCAUAGAUUUAAAAAGUAUAAGUUGCUAUUUGAUUAUUCUAAGGAUUAUCGAUAUAUUGAGGAACAUACUUCUCGUGGACAAACUCCAUGUGAUAACUAUUAUAAGAAUUACAUAAACGAAUAUAUUAGUGAAAAUCCAAACGAAACAUUAUCCUCAUUUAGCUGUACCCUAAGUAAGAAUCACGAAACAAUUUUAGAACAACCUACAGCACAUGAAACACAGGAACAUGUGCAACAUCAAGAUAAUGUAGAGAUUACAAAAGCACAGGAUUCCGUUAUUCAUCACAAUACAGUAGAUGGUUCCACUUUAGGAAGGGAGCCUAGUUCAGGAAUUCAUCAAAAUAUAGAAAACAUGCAUCCAGUUUCAAUAGAAAACAAUGCUGAAGGUGGACACUCAAAAAGUAUCACAAGUUCAGCUGUUCCACUAUUAGGAGUUCCUUUUAUUUCUUUUCUACUAUAUAGGGUAACUGGAAAUAUAAUUAAAAUCCACAAAAUCAUAAUUUUCAUAUAA